GGGCGAGUUGUGGCGCAUGCGCGCAAUCUUGGUUCACUUUCACACAGUGAUGGCGGGCGGCGCCUCUAUAUGAGGCAGCAACGGUAGUCAACCUCUCACAUCUCCCUCGCCACCUGCCAUGAAGCUUCUUACGGUGUUGUGUGUCGUGCUUGCUGUCAGCGUGUCAACAUGGGCACAGCCCCAGCGGCCCCGUCAGACGCCCUUAGCCAUGGGCAUGCGUCUCCUAGACAACCUACGCAGUGGUAUGACAAGGACCUUUCAGGGCAUCUUCGGCGGUGGACCAAGAAGGGAGAAGGAAACCCCCAGUGAACGUCCGAGGAAGCCCCAGCAGGUAAAUGUCUUACCUCCAGCUCAAGAGAACUUGCCACCAGCCCAGCAGAACUUCUUGCCUCCAGCUCAGCAGAACUUCUUGCCACCAGCCCAGCAAAACUUUUUGCCUCCAGCUCAGCAGAACUUCUUGCCUCCAGCUCAGCAGAACUUCUUGCCCCCUCCCAUUGAGAAACCUAAUGCAGCAGCUACUGCAACGCCAUCGUCAUUUUUCAAAGUUUUUCAAGAUACUGAGGUCUCCACGGCCUUCCCAGAUAUACAGGGUUUCACCGACGAAAGCCUUAAACCUAACGCCUUCCUGAGCGGAACUACACCUUUCCAAGGAACGGUAGACGAGGACCAACUGCCUUUCAUCCCAAAACCUUUAGUGCAGAAUCAACUAUCUUUACAAGAUUCUUUCUCCACACACAGUCAGUUCAAGAACGAUUUUAGAGAUUUCGGCAGCCCCAAGCCUGGAGACACAAUUACAGAAACUUCCUUACCAUUUGGUAACACUGUAUCUUUUAGCUUAGGAAGUGCCUUCGAAACUAGUCGUACACAAGAUUCUUUCCACCAGGAGAGUCAAUCAUUCCAUUUUCCCAGUGCUCAAGAGAGCAAAGAUAGUGUUAGUCCUGCCAGGGAACACACUAACCCACAGUCGUUGACCAGGUUCAAUCAGCCCUCUCAAAACCCGGACGGUCACAACAAUCACCAGGUAUUAUCUAGAUCUAUUGAAUCUUCCGGCCUACCAACAUUCAGUUUGACAGUACCACAAAGAGAAAGUGUGUCCCACCUUCACCCGACGGUUAUCAUAAGAUCACAGUCUCCAUCCCCAACACACAUGCCCACACAGCAUUUCACGGAGCAACACAAGCGCAGAUACUCAACGAAGGAUAGUCUCGCCACACCCUCCAUCCGUCCAGCUACCCACGAGUUGGAAAAGCCGUCCAGGGAUCAGCAACAUCCCAGGAAGAAGCCACUGGUGCCCGUUAAGACCAGUAACGGGCACAUUAACGCCGGCACCAAGAUGCGUGUCACCCCUAAACAAAAUGAAGAUGGUACUGAGGGAGCUGAAGUGAGCAGCUACGAGUUCGGGUACGGCGUACUUGACAGUCAUACUGGCAACCAAUUCUUCCACGCAGAGAAACGAGAGGAAGGGCAGACGAGAGGCUCCUACAAGAUCCAGCUCCCGGACGGCCGAGUGCAGACAGUGACCUACGUGGCCAAUAGUCAUGGUUUUCAUCCUGAAGUAACUUUCGAUGGUGAGGCUCGCUUCCCAGACACCACUCCAACACCGCCAGCUUAACGUCUACUCUGUGUCGACGCCCAGACACCACUCCAAUACCGGCAGCUGAACGUCUACUCGGUGUCGACUUCGCAGAUACCAUUACAACUGCGGGUCUCUAAGUUUUUACCUAACAAAGGUGGAAACUAUCUGAGAAAAAAGUAAGAAAUAACACAGAUAUUGUCAGUCUACCUAGAGAUCUUCUGGCCUGAACAGGAUCUCACGCUAGACAGAAAAUGUUUGCGCCAUCUCUUACGUUUUAAUGAGGGUUAUUCUAAUAAAGUAAGCGAUAUGGUUGAUAAAUAGCUCACUCAGUCUAGAGAAGCUGAGUUGCUGGAACCUUGCCUGAAGUAAGCUGUGUAAUCAAGUAACCCAUUGCUGGAAUGAAUCAUAUCUAAGGUAUGUAAUAUAAGUCUUCAGUCUUCCAACACCUUGUGGUCUUCAGUACGUGAAACACUACAUUGUCCCCGUGAUGAGUUCCUCGUUACGCUGAUGUGUACUGUAAUUGGAAUCAUUGUCCAUUAGUGUAAAUAAUGUUUUCGUAAAUUAGGUUAAGUUGUUCCAAUCGCAGGCGAUUGGAC